AUAGAAGUAGAAAUCAAGGACAUAAAUGAUAAUGCGCCCAGCUUCCAAGAGGCAGAAACAGAGCUCAGAAUGAUCGAGACCACAGCCCCAGGGUCGCGGUUUCCCCUGCCAGACGCACAUGACCCGGACUGGGACCGGAAUUCCGUGCAGAGCUACGAGCUGAGCGGUGACGAGCACUUCUCGCUGGCCGUGCAGGCGGGCCCCGGCGGCGAUCAGCGUCCCGAGCUGGUGCUGGCCAAGGCGCUGGACCGGGAGGAGGUGGCGUUUCACGAGCUGCUGCUGAGGGCGAUGGACGGCGGCGAUCCGGCACGGACGGGCACGGCUCGGAUCCGUGUGACCGUGGUGGAUGCGAACGACAACGCGCCCGUGUUCAGCCAUGCGGAGUACACGGUGCGUGUGCCCGAGGACGUGCCCGUGGGCUCUGUCCUCGUCACCGUCACGGCCGCGGAUGCUGACGAGGGGCUGUACGGAUACGUGAAAUAUUCAUUGAAGAAAAUAACCGAAAAAGUCACGAAGGUAUUCCAUCUGGACGUCAACACAGGAGUCAUCAAGCUAUUGCGUAGCCUGGACUACGAGGAAGGCGACUCCUACGAACUGGAGGUGCAGGCACAUGAUGGCGGGGGCCUUUUCGACACGGCAAAACUUACGGUGACUGUAACAGACGUCAAUGACAACGCACCCGAACUCACCGUGACGUCGUCAUUGAGUGAGAUCUCUGAAGAUGCGCCAUCGGGAACUGUGGUGGCUCUGCUGCACGUGCAGGACCGAGACUCAGGAGCCAACGGCGAGGUGCGCUGCACGCUGGACAGCGGUGUCCCGUUCCGGCUGGAGAAAUCCCUUGAAGACUACUACCGUGUGGUGACAGCGAGAGAGCUGGACCGGGAGCAGGUGUCGGAGUACAACGUGACGGUGCGGGCGGCCGACGGCGGGUCGCCGGCGCUGCAGAGCAGCGCGGUGCUGGCGCUGCGGGUGCUGGACGUGAACGACAACGCGCCGGUGUUCGCGGAGGAGCGGUACAGCGCGCGCGUGGUGGAGAACAACGCGGCGGGCGCGCUGGUGCUGACGGUGCGCGCCACGGACGCGGACUGGGGGCAGAACGCGCGCGUGCGGUACCGGCUGGCGGAGGGGCGGGUGCGGGGC